GAAAGAAAUGUUUCAGUAGAUUAUUACUAGGCAUCAUGUCACAUACUGGGCGGUUAAAAAAAAAAGAUAAAAAUAUAGGAUUUGAUUGUAAUAUUUCUGUUAAUUGUAGUUUGGCCGGAUUUGUAUAAAUACUUCCGGAAUCUGAUGUUAUCAUUAUCGAAUGAAUAUUGAAUGAAAUCUGAAGUCUGUUUUCUCUCUCAAACUCCUCCCCCAAUUCUUGUUCAUCUGUUUAUCUUCCUCCGGCCAAUUCUGGCCAUUCUUCUCUCUAUUCCGGUCUCGAAAUUUAUCGAUAAUUCACUCUAAUUCCCCGGUACCUGACACAUCACCCGUUUACGCAAGCCCAGGUUCAUUGAUGUCUAUUAUGUACUCAAAGAGCCCAAUCUGAACUAUUAGAGAGCCCAACAUAUUUUUCACCUAAGCCUUAGGGAUACCUAUCUUAAGCCCACAAGCCCAUCCAAUCACUCCUCAUUAGGGUUUUUCUUCUUUCUUCUCUACCCUACAAAAGCUCUCACGGCCACGAUUAAACCUGAAACCUCCGCCUUACACGCAGCACACCAAGAACACGCACUAAGAAAACCAGAUCGAGAAUGGGUGUGUUCACAUUCGUUUGCAAAAAAUCCGGAGGCGAAUGGAGUGGAAAGCAGAUCACCGGAGACGUUGAGGCUUCGGCAGCCUCCACUUACGAGCUACAGAGGAAGCUCGUCCACGCCGCCAAAGCCGCCGACUCUUCUGGUGGAGUCCAGUCCUCAUUCACCCUUGUCACACCCAGCUCUGCCGUCUUCCAGGUUAUCAUUGGCGGAUGCAGUGGUGGUGGUUUCAUUGGUGGCGGAGCAGCUGCUGCUGCUGCACCUGCUGGUGGUACCGCUGCUGAAGCAGCCCCUGCCAAAGAAGAGAAGAAGGAAGAGAAAGAAGAGAGUGAAGACGAAGACAUGGGAUUCUCUCUCUUUGACUAGGUUGGGUAUCUUUAAACAUAGGGCAAUAUUGUUUUUAGGGAACAUCUUUGGAGUAUGGAUGUGUAUGUCUUUUCUUUGUUAAAGUUUUGGUAGUAUGGAUGGAUUCUAUGAUUUUCAAGAUGAUACUACUAUGUUAAACCGCCAUGACGUUUCUUCCAAGAAGUUUGAGCUUUUAAAUUCGCGUUCUAGCUAUUAGUUUCUAUGAUAUUAAAAGACCAUGAGCCAUUGUUUUGUUUCUUUUAAGAUCACAUCGGCAUCCUUGAAGCCUAGUUUAUCAGUGUAGAUUAAAUCUCAAGGUUGCCAUUUUAGAGGACUCAAUUACAUCAAGCAUUUGGUGUCUCCUAUAUGAUUAUUUGUUCUCUAUGAUUAGAAGUUUAGCAGAACCAGAACCACUUAAAUCCUUUAGCAGGGUCUCUGCAAUCAAAAAGAGAUUAGCAUGCCAAGAUUACGUGUAUGAAGAUUCAUUUGUUUAUUUUACGUAAAUAGAAGAUUACAAACAAAAACAAGAACUUUGCUUCCUUGAAGGUGGUCACCCAUUUUCUAAUCUCUAUGGACACAACUUCACCAUCUAAUGUAAGUGCUACUACUUGCGUAUUUCCCAUACUGUCCCUAAGCUCCCAUGGAAAGCAGAGUACACAUCUUAAUAUGUAAGGGAAGAGUACAGAUACUAAGGAAACCUCUAUAUUUGUAAGCGCUGAAUAGGCUCCAGGAC